AUGGAGAGGUUGUUCGCAAAGCCUUUUGUAGCCCAGCUCGGAGGCGGCCAUGUCGAUGGCGUCUAUUCGAUGGCCGUGGACGGCCACUCGCUCCAGAGGGUGGCUAGCGGCUCUGGUGAUGGCGUUCUCAAGGUCUGGGAUCUUUCCGAUCGAGACGAGAUCUGGCACGCGACAGGACACGAGAAUAUCGUCAAGGGGCUUGCUUGGACGAAGAACUCUCAGCUGCUGAGCUGUGCGAGCGACAAGACGAUCAAGUUGUGGGAUCCUUACAACUCGGUCUCCGAUUCCGAACCUGUUGCUACGUGGUUGGGUUCCUCGGGUUUCAACAGCAUCUCACACCACCGACAUAAAAACGCCUUCGCCGUUGCUUCUGAUGUGAUUUCUAUCUACGACCUCGAGCGACCGACAGCCGCCCCUGAAGUCAUCGCCUGGCCCGCCAAGGCCGACACAAUCACGUCCGUGGCCUUUAACCAAGUCGAGACAAGCGUCAUUGCCUCUUGCGCGACGGAUCGGGCUGUGAUACUCUACGAUGUCCGGACUGCUAUGCCCGUCGCCAAGACGGUGCUUUCGUUUGCUUGCAACGCAGUCACCUGGAACCCGAUGGAGGCAUACAACUUUGCUCUGGCCUCGGAAGAUCACGAUAUAUUGAUCUUUGACUCUCGAAAAAUGACCCGCGCCCUCAAUGUUCUCAAGGACCAUGUGGCUGCUGUCAUGGAUGUUCAGUUUUCGCCGACAGGCCAGGAGCUGGUGUCUGCGUCGUAUGAUAGGACUCUUCGCAUCUGGAGGCGCGACGAGGGCCGAUCUCGAGAAAUUUACCAUACCAAACGCAUGCAGCGCCUUUUCGCAGCGCGGUGGACGCCGGACUCGAAGUAUGUCCUCAGUGGCAGUGAUGACGGAAACGUAAGUGAUGCCUGCUUCUUCAACCCUGACCCGUUCCCUCUUGGCUUACCAAAGUUGCAGGUUCGCAUAUGGAAGGCCAACGCCUCGAAGACCGAGGGACCCAAGUCUACCAAGCAGCGCCAGGCCCUUGAGUACAACGAUGCGCUUGUUUCACGAUUUGGACACAUGCCGGAGAUUCGCCGAAUCAAGCGACACAGGCACAUCCCACACGUUGUCAAGAAGGCGGCGUCGAUCAAGAGGGAGGAGCUCAAUGCUAUCAAGAGGAAGGAGGAGAACGAGAGGAAGCACACCAGCAAGCAGUUCCAAAAGAGAAAACCGGAGCGCGAGAAGAUGGUAUUGGCGGCCGAACACCAGCCGAUCGAGAUGGACUACAACGCCCCGAUGCAGCGCGACUCGUGGUUCGCGCCGCUCUCCGUCGACCUCAUCGUCAAGGUCCUCAAAGUGACCUUUCUCCACCCCUUUAUAUGCUGGAUCAUCCCCAUGUGCUUCCGCGCGCAAAACUACCCCUGGGGCCAUGACAAGAUGGUGUACUCGAUUGUCUGGGCGACCUUCAUCACCCUCUGCUGGGCCGCGGGCAUAAUCAACCAGAGGUUGGCCUUUGGCGUGCCCCGAGAGGUCGAUCUCGGCGAGGAGGUCAUUGUCAUUACCGGCGGUGCUAGCGGUCUCGGCCUACUGAUCGCCGAGAUGGAACAUGAGGAGUCGAGGGGCGUCACUUUCUACAAGUGUGAUGUUACGGACAAGGAUGCACUCGCCAAGGUUGCAGCUCAAAUCGAGGAAGACCUCGGCACGCCCACCGUCCUGAUCAACAAUGCGGCUAUUGUCCACGGCAAGCCUCUGCUCGACAUGUCCUUCGCGGAUGUGGACAGGAGCCUCACAACCAACUUGACAGCGCAGUUUUACUCCAUCAAGACGUUCCUUCCAGCCAUGAUCCGCGGCGACAAGGGGGAACGAUUGUCACCAUCUCCAGCGUUCUCGGCCGGCCUCACAGCCCUCCACAAGUCCCUCACGGCCGAGCUCCGCGCCACGCACCCCGAGAUCCGCACCACGCCUAGCUCCUUCCUUGCACCUGUCGUCGAGCCCGUUGACGUCACCAAGGAGAUUAUUGCGGCUAUCGACGGCGGUUACAGCACCCACGUCAAGUUUCCCUUUUACGCAAGGUGGAUUGACUACUACAACAUCCUGCCCCUUGGUUUCCAGCAGCUUGCGAGGAAGCUUUCGGGCGUUGACCGGGCCAUGGAUAACUUUGUUGGUAGGCAGGGGAUCUCAGGAUUGAAGAAGAAGGCGUAG